AUGGAAACCUACCACGGAUACGUGCGAACGCCCGCCGACGCCAUUCGGCUGUUCGAGGCAUGCCGACUGGGCAUCUUGCCGCGAGUGCAACGACGGCUCUCUGAGAAGGAGAGGCAAUCGAUUCGAUCCGGCUCGGUGUUUGUGUGGGAUGAGCGAGAGGCCGGCAUGCGACGAUGGACCGACGGCAAGUCGUGGAGCGCCAGCCGAGUGUCUGGCAGCUUCCUGACCUACCGCGAAAUGGAGGGCAAGCGAGGAGGCGGCUUCUCUGGCCGACGGAACGCUGGCAAGACGCCCGACUCUGGACGCGGUAGCGACGAGGACCAGGACGACGGCGAGCCCGAGGGAUACCGAUACAAGGCCGACGGCCUCAUGAAGCAGUCUUUUAGUAUCACCACUUCUACCGGCCAGCACCUCCACCUCAUCUCGUACUACUCCCGACCGCAGCCCGGUCAGCCCGACCUUCCCCAGCCAACUUCGGAUGCCACGCUGCGAGGCAUCGUCCCCGUCAAGGGCAUGUACCCCGAGUCGAGCAUGGGAGAGACCAACCCGACUCCCGCCCUCACACGAGCCCCGAUGCAACAGCCUCCAUUCAUGGUGGCACCUCAACAUCCCCAACAUCCCCAUCACCAUCCUUAUGCGCCUCAGUACGGACAGCCUGGUUACGCCUGGCCUCCUUCGCCCGUGGCGACACCUCCCUACAGCCACUACGCGGCUCCCUACCCGCAGCCUGGUCACCAUCAACCCGCCCACCAUCAGCUUCCUCCCCACGCUUCCCAGGCGCCGUUGCCUCAUCCUCAAUACUCCCAGGCACCACCCUACGACCAGCGAGCUACCCUCCCACCUCCACACUCUAAGCCAGCAGCUCUUCCUCCUUACCCCCAGCAUCCUUCGCCUCACUACACCCACACGCCGCUGCCUCCUCGACAGGGCUCGCCCCGUGAGCACCUCCAGGCUGCUGCCCAGAGUGCCAUGGUCGAUCCUCGCCUCAACACAGGCAGCCGGGGCCACCAGGGACCUCUGCCUGCUCUUGGCGCCGUCACUAGCGCAGCCUCCAGCUCCUCUCUCGCGGCAAUCAGCACUCCUCCUAACCGCGCCUUGAGUAUCAGCCCACCACGGAGCUCCCACUCGGCGGAUGUGCCUCCAAGCAACAGCAACAAGGCAAGUCUGUCGGCCCUCCUGCACCCUACCCCUGCCAGCAGUGAGCCUGGCAGUGCCAACCCCGCUACCAGCGGUAGUGCGGGCAGCAGCCCCAGGGCUAACGGCAUCUGCGGUCUCGAAAAGGGCGGCGUAAGCGAGGACGCGCGGGCGUUGAGAAUGCUAGAUCGCAAGUUUUGCAUUUAA